CCAUCACCACACUGUGCCACGGGCCCCUGUACCGCCUUCUCAUACUGCUGCCAGAUCCAUCCUCUGCCAUGUGCGUCUUUGUCGUCUGCUCACGCUGCUGGGUUCCAGUUUUAAACCUAGGCCUGUGCCUGUGUAUGGCUUCCGAAUACUGCUGCCUCCACCGCCACCCUGCGCCAUGUGCCUCUGUCGUCUGCUCACGCUGCUGACGGCUUCCGCUUUUUAACCUAGGCCUGUGUAUGGCUUCCGAAUACUGCUGCCUCCACCGCCACCCUGCGCCAUGUGCCACUUUCAGGUCUCCUUACACUGUUGGUGGGUUCCAUUUUGUGA